CCUGAUUAAAGACGGCGUUUUCGUUUUGUAUGCUGUUUCUCAUAGGAUUCCAUGGCCCAUUAUUGUGCCAAAUCUUCGAAAGGAUACUUCUCUCUCAUCUCUAUCUCUCCGACUCCCUGAUCCAAUCGAGUUGUUUCUCGUUACGGGGGAGAAACCCUAAUUUGAUUUCUGUUAGAAGCUCCAGACGCUAUGAACCCUUGCGUUUUAGGCGUUCCAUAGCCGAAGUCCCCUCCUUGGUCCAGGGUCGUAAGAGCUAUUCUAUUCCGCAGAUGGACUUUGGAAGUGUUGUAGUAUGUGGGAGCAUGGAGUAGGGCUUGAACAGCAUAUUAAUAAUAUUCAUCUGACGUAGGUUACACGUGAUGGGUGAUAAUGUUUUAGAUGAUAUGAUAAUGGACCUUGAUUUGAACCAAGAACCCUCAGACCCGGGGCCCCCUGAUUCAGGUCUGGGUUUCAGGUCUUUCUUGAGUGAUUUAGAGAGUGCCCAUAGUCGGAUCGAGGAGAGAAUCCGACAUCUUGAAGCUGUCACGGCCCGAGCAUGGGAACGGCAUAGGUGGCGCCUCACACAGAACUUUCCAGAAACUGAUACUUUGGAUGGAGAAAAUGUCAUUGCUGUUGAGGCUAGUGGGGGUGUUGUGGUGGGUAUGAGUUCUGGUAGUGGGAGAGGCUGCAAAAGGGACAGCAGCCAUUUGGUGGCAAAAGCAUUGGCUUUGGAUUCUGAGGUGAAGAAGGGAGACAAAGAUGGUGGGACCUUUUUCGAUUGCAAUAUAUGCUUAAGCAUGGCACGGGAGCCAGUUUUGACCUGUUGCGGUCAUUUGUACUGUUGGGCAUGUUUUUUCCAGUUGCCAUAUGUUGAUUCUAUGGUCAAGGAGUGUCCUGUUUGCGAUGGAGAGGUUGCAGAUGGUAAGGUCAUUCCUAUUUAUUGUAAUGGAAGCAGUAACUGUGGGAUGGAAAUGGAAGCUGGUACGAAAAUACCGCCAAGGCCAAAAGCACGCCGAGUUGAAAGUGUUAGGCAGCAGCAUCUGACCCGUGGUUUAUCACAUAUUCCGGUGGCUGAAGCACUUAGGCGAAUCAGGGCUAGUAUUGGGAUUGGAAUGCCUGAGCACCCACACCCGCACCCACACCCACACCCACACGCACCAGAGCCGAUUGGCAUUAAUGUGAAUGUGACUACAACUUCUCAGGAGUUCCAAACUGCAGGUGAAGCCCGUCAAGUGCGCUCCCAUGAGUUUUCAAGGGUUUUAUCAGAAAGUGCUGCUUCUCUGUCUUCAGAAUUAGAUAAUGCACAGCGGAUAUUUGAGGACCUUGCGGCGUCCAUUUCUGACCGCUUGUUACAUAGGGACAGAGCUCAGGAUUCAUCAACUGCUGGUGAUCCAGCCAAUGAGUCAUUUGGAAGAGAAAAUAGUGUUGCACAAUUGGAGCAUCAGAUUCUGGAUGCGGAAACUGAGAUAAGUUCGCCUGCAUCUGUUCCUUCCACUUCUCAUGGAAAUGAAGACUCUGAUGCUUUUGUGCAACUGGGAACCCUGAUACCCCCCACUACAAGUCUGUCUUUUCCUCGUUCUGCUUCAUCGUACAGGAGACGAUUUACCCCGUUGAGGUUUCCAGAUGAUGUUGCCCGUGAAACUAGGAGAAGAAGAUUGAACUAGUGACUUGGGAUGAUCAAGAAUGGAAUGACGUGCUGCUUUCCCUUGUUCUCACUCAGUUAAGGUAUUGUGGGGUACGAUUUGUUGGCUUCCUAACAUCCGGUUGCCCCUAUCCGCUGUGCGGAUGCCUCCCGCUAGGACUCCAGUCGAGGGUUGCUGAAGAGGUUGCCUGAGCUUUUGGGGCAUGUGUAUGAUUAAAUAUUUUGUAUAAUAAUUUAACUGGUCAUGCAGUUAUCAAGUAUCACUCUAUGCAGCCAAUUUGGGCAAUCACAAACUUGUAAGGCUAUGUUUGCUAAUAGUUGUGCUUCUUUAAAGUGUUUUAUUUAAGAGAUAAUUAGAAAAGUGAUUUAUAGUAAAAGUGAUUAUUGGGAAAAGGUAAAGUUUGGUAAGAAAAGUGAUUUUUAAUGUAGUGUUUUAUUAAAGUAUACCCUUCCAUAUGUGCUUCACCAUCUCUAAUGACUAAUGAU